AUGAACAAGAACAAAUCUUCAGGCGAGACUGCAAAAUUGGAUCCGAGUCCAACCGCAUUAGUCAAAGUCUCAAAUGAAAGUGAAACAACGGUUACAGCCCUGAGCAAGAAAGUUAGGAGCAUCCUUCUGCUCAAUGUAAUCACUGUUGUCUAUGCGAGUAACUUCACGUUUGUGAAAGAGGUGGAAUCUGUGAUGGACCCGGCGACAUUUUCUGUUGUGCGGUUUGCCAUGUCUGCUGUUCCAUUCAUCCCUUUUGUUAUCAGAGCAAGAGGUGACGUUGAUACUCGGAAUGCAGGGAUUGAGUUGGGGUUCUGGGUUAGUCUAGGGUACCUUAUGCAGGCAUUAGGACUGUUAACAUCGGAUGCUGGUCGCGCAUCGUUUCUUUCUAUGUUCACUGUGAUUAUUGUUCCCUUGCUUGAUGGUAUGUUAGGAGCAGCAGUCCCUGCUCAUGUCUGGUUUGGUGCCUUCAUGUCUAUUGUAGGAGUUGGGCUGCUGGAAUCCAGUGGAUCUCCCCCAAAUGUUGGGGAUUUGCUGAACUUGUUGAGCGCGGUGUUUUUUGGGGUUCAUAUGCUUAGAACAGAGCAUAUAUCAAGAAACGCAAAGAGAGAAAACUUCUUGCCUAUGCUUGGAUAUGAGAUAUGUGUUGUUGCUUCCUUAUCAACCAUAUGGUAUCUCAUUGGAGCAUGGUCUGGUGGCGGCCUCCACGACUUUAACCCAUCAUUGUGGACAUGGGACAUGUUCUGGGAGUGGAUGCUUGUGUUUCCAUGGAUACCUGCACUGUACACAGGCAUAUUCUCCACUGUGUUAUGCUUAUGGGUAGAGAUGGUCGCAAUGCGCAAUGUAUCAGCCACAGAGACGGCAAUAAUUUAUGGUUUAGAGCCUGUCUGGGGUGCAGGUUUCGCAUGGUUUCUCCUUGGCGAAACAUGGGGUUCUACUGGCUUGAUUGGUGCUGCUCUUGUGCUAGUUGGAAGCUUAACAGUCCAGAUAUUUGGAUCAACAUCUCCAACAGAGCCUUCAAAAGAUGAAAUGAAACUCACUUUCCCAGUAGAUAAAUACAACGGCUUAUCUGCCACGUCCGUUAUAGUUCGUUCUGAAAAGGACACUCCUGGUCUGCGGAAUUAA